AUGGACGUUGACAGCACGACAGCGGAUGUUUCGAUGGAGGCUCCUCGUGAAGGGGAACUGUUGCUUCCUUGGGUGGAAAAGUACCGACCGUCAUCGCUGGAUCAGCUUGUGGCGCACGAGGACAUCAUCCGGAUGAUCGAGAGGAUGAUGGCGAAAAAGACAUUGCCGCACAUGUUGCUGCACGGCCCUCCGGGUACAGGCAAAACAUCGACGAUCAUGGCCCUGGCCAAGACAAUGUACAAACAGCGAUACAAGUCCAUGACCCUGGAGAUGAAUGCCUCCGAUGCGCGUGGCAUCGACGUGGUCCGCGAGCAGAUCAAGACCUUUGUGAGUGUCAAGCAGUUGUUUGGCUCCGUGGACGGGCAGCCGAAGCUGGUAAUCCUGGACGAGGCUGACAACAUGACGAGUACAGCGCAGUUUGCCCUACGGCGGAUGAUCGAGCAGUAUGCCUCCAACUGCCGCUUUAUCCUGAUCUGCAACUACAGCAGCAAAAUCAUUCCAGCAUUGCAGUCGCGGUGCACAAAGCUUCGCUUCGCGCCACUCUCAGAGGAACAAAUCCUGGGCAGGCUCGAGUAUGUUGCAAAGUGCGAAAAGAUCCAGCUGACGAAAGAUGGCGCACAGGCCAUUGUGCAGGUUGCGGGUGGCGACAUGCGAAAGGUUCUGAACGUCUUCCAGACCACCUCCAUGGGACAUGGCGGACGCGUGGAUGCCGGCGCUGUGUACGCUUCGACAGGGGUUCCAGCUCCGGAGGAGAUCUCUCACUUUCUGCGAACGCUUCUGAACGGCACGGUGUCGUAUGCUGCUUCUCUCAAGUCACUGAAGGGCCUGCUGCAUGACAAAGGCUACGCUUUGGAUGACUUUUUGCAGCUGAUGCACAAGCAGAUCGUGGCCUUGGACUUGCCG